AUGAACAACAACAAGACAGUCACCUCAAACGAAAUUCGACUAAGCAAGUCCCUUUUUGUUGUCGUCUUUGCCUUUAUGUUGUGUUGGGUACCCACUUGGGUCAUCACCAUCCUGACGAGAUUGGUCUUUGGGAAUAAAAUGCCUCGCAAUGUUCAGUUACUUUGCACAUUUUUUUUAAAUAUUUCCAACGCCGUUAAUCCCUUUACUUAUGCAGGAAUGAACCCGAUAUUUAGAAGAGAGUUUCGAAAAUUACUUGGAUGUAAAUUUGGAGUGAGAAUCGAGAUUAGUUUAAGUCGACAAUCAUCAAGUAGAAGGCCAGCCACUUCAUGGAUAAGCAGUAACCACAACAUAACUGACAAAACUGGGGAUGAGCAGAUGGAAAGGCUUGAUUGUUGAGGAUGAUCAUGAGAAUACUGAGAAUCUAAUCUCUAUAUAUUGAGUUUAUUCAGCUUAUUAUAGCCUAGACAGCGCGACAACUCUCUAGACGCCAUAUAUAAACCGUAAUCUGUUUCUGAGAAACAGAGAAAAUAUUUUCCGCAAUGAAAAUGAUAUUACGCGCCUCCGUACAGAUACGUUCGUCCGCUACAGGUGGUUCGCUUUUGCCGACAUGCUUAAGAACUCUUUAUACAUCAGUAAGUUUUUUGAAAGACGUUGUAGAUUGAUUACUUUAUAUAUAUUCAGCAGGUAUUCGAGUGAACGAAGAGAAACGAAGGGAGAAAUACCAAAUAGGAACUUCAAUGAAGGGGCGUAGGUACAAAGUUUCCAGAGGUACGCACAGUUUUCCACAGGUGACGCAAACUCGCAAGUGAGAAUAGUUGUUGCGUAAAAGGAAUAUUAUAAGGGUUUGUGGGUGGAUUUUAGCGAUCGUUGCAUCGACUAUUGUUCUCUAAUUACUUCUACAGUGAAUCGUGAACAAAUUAUUUUCACUCCAAUGUACAGCAAGCAGACAUGUACAAAGUUAGGAAUUGGCAUCUCGUUUGUUUGAUAGCAAGACUACAAUAACGCGGGCGGAAAAACAUUGUGGUUUAGAUGGCCUAAAAUUACAAAUAAAACACUACAACUCAUAAUAGAGCGUUUUCACUCAAGUGGUCAGCAUCUAUGCAAAUUUAUUGAAACAAGAGAAAGCGUUUACAAAAGAAAAGAGUUCAACUCUCACAGGAUUGGUUUGGAACACCAACAUGGCCGCCUUUUCAUUGGUUUGGAACACCGAUAUGUCUGCCGUGGGGUCAUGUGAAAACACUCAAUACAAAGGCUGAUAAUCUCUUGAAUACAUCGAAAGCGGACUUGAUUCGCCAUCUGCACAUCUCCCAUAAUAUACUUUGUUUGCCCCCCCAAACUUUGCAUAACCUUUGUUUUUUAAUAUCUUCGUGUUAUUUCAGACGUCCCAAGAGAAAUUGAAGACAAUGCUUAUGAAAAUUUUGGGGGGCAAGCAAGACGCAUUAUGCAAAAAACAUUAAAUGCGAAUCCCAGAUCAUUCUAAAGGAUAAAAAGCUAUUGAGGAAGAUUCAAAAAACGCUAAACAAUCGACUUAAGGUCAUCAUACAAAGGGAAAAAAACUACUUCAUGAAGAAAAGUUAACUAAGACGACGAGGGCAAACUAACGAGUAUAAAGAUAAGCAUGAAGCACAAAACGCAGUUAAAAGAGAUGUCGUCGAGUGACCUUUUUCUGCAAGCUCCCCAUGAAAGGAAAGACAAGAGAGUUUUGGAUUCUGGAUUCCAAGUCGUGGAUUCCGGAAUCCAAGAACUGGAUUCCAAAAUUUGUCAGUGGAACUUGGAUUCCGGAUUCUAAUUGUCAGUGGGAUUCCAGAUUCCUUGAGCUGUAUUCAGGAUUCCAAAGCCCAGCAUUCCGCAUUCCACGAGCAAAAUUUUCCCACCUUCCGAAUACCACAAGCAAAAGUUUCCCGGAUUCCCAUAUGUGGGGUGACUGCAACUCACACCUUAUCUAUAAUAACUCAAAUAACAACAUGCAAAAGCGCUGACAACGUGUGAAUUCCCAGACGCAAGAAAAUGCAUUUGUUUCUCUUCUAGACCACAUCCUACUUUUGAUGUCGGUUUAAUAAAUCCCAGUUUACUUAUUUACACCAAGUCAGUUAAAAAAUAGUUACAACGACCGAAAGAAAAUGAUUACAGAAUAUGUUUGAUAGAAUCAAACAAGAAGAGAGUAAAAUUUAUGGGUCGAUAUAUACGUCUACAUUGAGUUAAAAGUUCCAUAUCGGGGGUAGCCAAUUGGGUAAAUUAGAGACAUGCUUCGUCUUCGGCUUGUACGUUAUUUUCCUUCCUUUAACUUUGAAAAUAUUCAGCUAGAUCUAUGAUCUAUCUGAUCUGUCCUUAGAUAUUUUGUCUGAAUACUAAUAAAAUUCACUUUUUCUGUACGUGUGCUUUUGCUUAUAAGGGCAUAAUUUUUAGAGGAAAAUUGUACAAAUUGUACACACCGUUAGUUUGCAGAGUGAUCGGCUAGCGAUCGAAAAAUAUACGAAUUCACUUUGGCGAUUUGCAUAUUGGAGAGCAACUGUGGGAAAGCUCUCAGCAUCGUCCAUAAAUACCUGUUCUGAUAAAAGAGAAAUUUCAUAACACAGAGUACUAGACUAGAUCACCACCCGUCUGUGCAGCCGUAAGAGCUGUUUAAAAUUCCAAAAAAUGAGCUGCGUUGUGUUCAGUAUUAAAGAUAAUGCUGAUACUUCGAUCUUGAUAAAAAGAGAACGUGCCUCUGACAAACAAGGCUGGAUGUUAUGGGGUUUACCUGUGGCUAUCCCUGAGAAGUAUCGUGCUUGUCUUUUGGAUUACUUGUACGAAGAGCAUCAUGGGAUCUUCCACAUAAAUUCUUUGGCGAGGGGUUAUUUCUGGUGGCCGGGAUUGGAUGCCGCUAUUGUUGAGAGGGUUCAGCUAUGUCAUGUUUGUGCUGCCUUGGGUAAGUACCCUCCAAGGACACCAAUAUCUACCCUUCGAAAUGGCCUGCUAAUCAAUGGGAGUGUAUGCGCAUUGAUUUCUUUGAGAAGGGCAAGUUGAAUUUCUUGAUUGCUGUUGAUGCCUAUUCUAAGUGAUUGGAGGUAGCUGGAAGUAAUCCCCAUGAGUUCUAUGACCAGCUUGAGAACCAUUAAGGUUUUGCGCACGUUGUUUGCAGUCUACGGAAUACCGGAGGAGAUGGUUUCGGACAACGGGCCGCAGCUAGCAUCUGAAGAAUUCACUCAAUUCUUAAAGCAGAAUGUAUUCAGGUCUUCCCGGGUUCCACUGUACCAUCGCGCAUCCAAUGGAGCUGCUGGACGUUCUGUACAGACGGCCAAGGCGGUUUUUACCAAGCAAGUGCUGAAUGGCAAAGCGAAUACCCUCAUUCUAAAACAUAGGCUAGUAGCCAAUUUUCUUAUUCUGAAUAGCAGCACACCUAAAAUUGUCACUGGGCAAUCUGUCACUGAACUGUUUUUGGAACGACAGAUUACGAACUGAAACCCAACCUCAACAGAGCAGUAGAGGAGCAACAGUUGAAGCAGAAAGACCACCUCGAUGAAGGGCAAGUGAAGUUCGGAGAGUUGAACGAAGUGUUCUUGGUUCGCAAUUGGAAGCGUGGAGUCGAACGGUGGAUCCCUGGAAGGAUCACUCAGGUAAAAUGUCCCCGCACUUACCUAGUUCGCUGUGGGAGCCAAAUACGUUUUGUUCACGUGGACCAUUUGAAGAUUACUCGCUGUAUCCAGUCUUCAAACUCUUGGGAGGGAGAGGAAGAGAGUAAUUACGCCGAAAACUUGCUUAGUUCCCAAGCCGAAGUGCGGGGUGGAUUAAUUAAGGAGUCCCUCGGAGCCACUGAUUAGUACAUGCGAGGCAGGAGGAGUUGCGAAUGGAGGUGACGUGGAGGAACACGAGACAACCGAGGAGACAUAUGAAUCAAUGAAUCAUCGUUGGACGACGCUUCGGGGGCAGAAGUUACUCAGAGGCACCACCUUCACCGCACCCAGCACCGAGGUACCCGUGUCGAGAAAGAAGACCAUCACGCAGACUACUCUUUCAGUAGAUGACUCUGAAAAUUGCUUAUCUGCAGGCUAGAUUUGACUCGUAUUAGUUGUUUUUGCCAUGCUAACCAUCCCAAAUGUUCGGGAGGAGUGUAAUAUAUUAGCUUCCAGACAUCUUGUAUUUAAGGCAGGUUUCGCUCAUGCGCGGUUGCAUCAAAGCAUGACUAGCACAUGGUUCAUGUUGUAGUUUUACACUUGAAUUUCUCAAACUCAUUAAUAAUUCGUAGAGUAAAUAAGAAUUGAUGUUUAAUGAGUGUUGAGUGUUUGGAAAUCAGAUGAAAAACUGCUCAUUUUUGCAUCUUUUUAAAGAUACAAAAAUGAGGAGAUAUUUUAAAAAUAAUUAUUAUUUCUAAAAUAAUUUUGUUUGAGAAGUAAUAUCAAGUAUUCUACACAGUGUUUCAUCACCAGAUGAAAAACCUCGUCAAAAUACAGUUAACUCUCGCCUUGUGCACGCUCGCUAUUACGGACAAAAUCCAGAUCCCCGGCAAAAGCUGUAGGGGUUUGACUGGAAAUGGCUCCCGCUAUAACGGAAUUAAGGACAGUUUCUUAGUACCAAAGUAACAAUUUUAUUGUUUUGACUCUCGAUAAAGCGGAAACGCUGUACUUCUUACUUUCUUACUUACGAAAAAUUACAGUCUGCCGUUCAUCAUUUGCCAAAAUAUAUUUCAAAAGAUUUCCGGAAUGUUUAUUUUCACAUCGAGUUUUUAAAUUGUCUUCACAAUCGUCCUCACUUCUUCACUUGAGCUUUCGCUUUUUUCUCAAUUCCUGGCUCUUUACGAGAGCUCAAGCCCUCGUGUUCCAUUCUCAACGACUGUUUAGCAGUUUCGGUACUGUUGUUAAGUUUGUCCAGUCUUGCAGUAUAUUUUGCGUCGCAAUUGAGCAUAAGUGGCACAUUUAUCUCACAUUAGAGAGCUCUAGAUUUGAGGACGAGGAAAACUACGAGCACGAGAUUUAACUUAAAGUGUUUUCGUGUAUUCUCGAAAAAUAUUCAACCCGGAAAGCUUCAUUGCAGUAUUUUUUACCUGAAAAAUUAGUGCGGUUAUUCUUACUGGAGAAGGUUUAGCCCUUUCCUGGUAGCAAAAUGAGUAAACUUCAAAAUCUUGAUAACUUGUUCCCGCCAUGAAUAAAUUCUCGCCAAAACUCUUAGUAGAAUGACGACGUAUGACGUUAGUUCGCCAGCGCGCACAACGUAGUUUUGAGAAAUCUCGUUCUUGUAGUCGUCUUCGUCUCAGAAUCUAAAGCUCUCUAUUAAAGAUUAAAAAAAAAUCUUCCGAACGUAGUUAAUGUUAUUUAUAAUGUUACUUAUAGCACUUUUUUUUCCCACCCCGUUUCUACGGACUCUCGCUAUAACGGACGUAAAACCGCAGUCCCGAGGGUGUCCCUAAUAGAGAGAUUAAGAUUCACGUUUACGCUAAACGGCAGACGUGAAUUUGUACCACCUCUGACCAAGUUUUCCCGUUAUUUUCCGUUUACUCUUUAUUGCUUCUACACAAAAAUAAGUAGUUUUAUGCCAAUUUUAACCAUAGGAAUCGUUCCGGACUGUUUUGUAUCUGCUUAUUUUCUUUUCUGAGAAGUUCUCAACUUGAGUCUGACGUUUGCAGUUUGCGGUAAACGUGAAUCUUAAUCUCUCUAAGCUUCUCUAAUAAAAGGAGUUGACUGUACUCCGCCCGUCGUAUUUUCAACUCUCUUCUCAGAGCGCUAGUAAAAUAUUCGUGACUCAUACGUAAUAUUACGUAGCAGGUGUGUUCAGAAAAGUCAUAUGGUAAGCAAUAAAUCAUUCUUAAUGUUAUUUUGUCACUCCUUAUGGGAAAAAAUUGAUGCUGCUUCGAUUAGGAAAUCACCACGUUAAUAGGACAAAUGCACGAUGGCGUCAUUUUACUAAAUUACCAGAAUCCUUCAGUCUGUCCUUUUGUUGUGGAAAUUAGGGCUAUUGUUUUUUAAACCUCACUGGGCUUCAAAAAAUUUAAAUAAGAAAGCACAAAGGAAAUGAAUUCUGGUAGUUGUAGUUAAAUGAUGCCAUCUUGAAAAUGGCGUAUUGUGCUAUUCAAAGCUUUUCAUUCUUUAUGUUAGGCUUAUAUUACUAACAGGUAAAAUUCAUCGCUAACUCUUGCAACACCAGUUAAAAAGUCAGAGCAGUUUAAAAAAAAAAGUUUACAAAGAUCCAAUUCAAGAAUGGUGAACAUCAUCGAAUCAGGCAGUACAGCGUUAAAAGUUAUAGAAGCUGGAGCAAUGAUUGUGUUAAAUAUUUUGUCACUUUUGGGCAACAUUCUAGUUUGUUUGUCGGUUUACAGAAAUAGCAGUCUCCGUACCACAACGAAUCUUUACAUCAUUGCAUUAGCUGUAACUGACUUGAUAGCUGCAACUCUGGUCAUGCCUCCAGCGUCUGGAGUUCUUAUCACAGGAAGGUGGCCUUUUGGGGUAACGGUUUGUCAAAUACACGCUUUUUUCAGUCUGUUUGUUGUGUAUGUUUCACCUGUGACCAUGGGUCUUACUGCACUUAACAGAUACAUAAGAAUAUGCAAAUCAAAUCAACAAUAUAAUCUGUACUUUUCGAAGAAAAAAUCUCUUAUUCUUCUUGGUUCUGCCUGGACAUUUUGUAGCUCUCUUCAUUUUAAUUCCUCGCCUUACUGGUCUAUAAGAUUUUCAUUUUGUGCCGAACUAUGCAGCUUGCUUAAACAGUCACAUAAGUAA